AUGCCCACCAAGGAGCUUUCGAAUCCUUGUAUGGAAUGCAAGGAUGUCGAGGCGACGCUCGAUAUUCGCAAGAGACAGCUAUGCAGUGAUUGCUACAAGCGCUUUCUUGCCUAUAAAAUAAUCCGUCGCACCGAUGGCUAUAGGUUUAAGAAGAACCAGUCUACGCGACCAAAGCUACUGCUUCCAUUAUCGCUCGGCGUAUCCUCCUCUGUCCUACUUCACGUUCUUGAUUCCCAAAUCCAACGUCAACUCGCCAAACCCAUUGGCGCGAAAGUACCCUUCGACCUGCUUGUCUUCGUCAUUGAGCCCUCCACAAUCGCAACUUCGGAUAAUUUGCACCAACAGAACUACGAUCUUGUUCUUGAAAGAUUCUCGACGCACGCUCAUACCCGGCUGUCCAUUCACGAUAUCUUCGACUAUAUUCCGGAUAUGAAAGAAGUCAUGCUUGAAUAUGCCGGGUCUCAAUUUGUGGAUGAUAGCUCAAAGUCUAAUAAGGAUCGUUUGGCGGCCUUCCGAAAUUCUAUAACUACCGCAACAUCGCAAACAGACCUGGACUACGUUCUUUUGACACGACUUAUUGUUGCGGUUGCACAGAAAAAUGAAUGUGAAGCAAUCGUCUGGGGUGACUCGGACACUCGCCUUGCCGCGAAGGCUCUUGCGGGGGUCUCUAAGGGUCGGGGCGCAUCAAUGACUUGGCAAGUAUCUGAUGGCAUGUCUCCUUGGGGCAUCAGAUUCGAGUUCCCGCUACGAGAUCUGUACAAAACCGAGCUCGAGCAAUACGAAAGCCUAUGUCAGGAACUCUCUGGCGUUGUUAUUCCUGAUCCACCAUUACCGGAUAAUGUCCUCACAAAGAACCUGUCUAUCGAUGAGUUGAUGAUGCGAUAUGUUCAGACGCAAGGUGCAAAGUAUCCAGGUGUCAUGGCAAAUGUUGCGAGAACCGCCAACAAACUUCAGCCUUCCAGCUCUGACGAUUCCAUAACCUGCUCGUUGUGCGGGGGUCUAAUCGGGAAUGUCAAAGGCAACACUGGCGUUACAGUGACAAGUCAAUCUGGUGGCAACCAGGGCUCCAAGUUUUGCUAUGGAUGCAUCAGAUCUCGUCCUGACCCCACACGUUGA